AAACCUUACGAAAGAGCGAUUGUUCAGCGAGAAUACGUCGAUAAGUGUGCUCAAUUCUAUGGUUUUUGUAUAGGAAUUUUUUACAUGAGUCUGUUUGGCAUGUUCUUGGAACCCAUCAUGCUGGACCAGUCGCUUCCAGCACCUGCUGAAUUUCCAUUUGAUGCGUCCCGCCAACCGCUGAGAGCUAUUACGUAUACGCACCAAAUCAUAAUGGGUCUGUUCAUAGCCUCGCAGUUGUCCGCGAACGCUUUUAUGGCGCUGUUACUUUGGUUAACGUCAGCGAGAUUUAAAUUGUUGAUCGAGGAUUUACGGUCCGUUACAAAGUUCCGUGAUUUUGUAAAAUGCGUCAAAACGCAUCAGCAAUUACUUGAGUACGCAGGAGAAGUAGCUCAUACAGUUCGCAUCUUUGCAUUAGGAACGAUAUUCUUCAGUACAAUAUCGUUACUAGUACUUGGCCUUAUUUUUAUUAUAAGAGUAUCGCCCGCUUUGAAGAUUGAAUGUGUCUUUUUAGCAGUCGGCGCAUUGUUGGAAGUGUUCAUGUAUGCGUGGCCAGCGGAACACUUGAUUCACAUAAGCAAUGAUGUUGCACAGGCAGCGUUUGAAACUGAUUGGCAUAACAAUUCUUCGGAAGCUCUUCGAAAAAGUUUACAGAUGAUUAUACUACGGAGCCAGAAACCGAUAUUUGUUGUAUUGCCAUGCGGUCUGCCAUCGUUGUCUUUAUCUUAUUACGCAUCGUAUCUGUCAACUCUAUUUUCUUACUUUACCACAAUGCGAAUAAUGUUUGAAGAGCAAAAUAACGGAGCAUAA